AUGGGAACCACAAGCCUUGGCUCAGAAAUCGUUGGAGUCAUCAACAAGCUACAGGAUGUCUUCUCCGCUGUCGGCUCCUCGGCAUCCCAGAUAGACCUUCCGCAGAUAUGUGUGCUCGGUAGUCAAAGUAGCGGAAAGAGUAGUGUGCUCGAGAAUCUUGUCGGCCGAGACUUCUUGCCACGGGGAACUGGUAUCGUGACGCGGCGACCAUUGGUCCUACAACUUAUAAAUCGCAAAGCAACUUCAACUCAACAAAAUGGCACCACUGCGAAAGUCGAUGGAGAUGACCCAGCCGCGAAUGCAGAUGAGUGGGGAGAGUUUUUGCACUUACCGGGAGAGAAGUUCUACGACUUUGGCAAGAUACGUGCGGAAAUUGUCCGCGAUACUGAAGCCAAGACUGGCAAGAAUGCCGGGAUUUCGCCACAGCCUAUCAACUUGAGGAUUUAUUCGCCAAAUGUCCUAACGCUGACGCUUGUCGAUCUGCCUGGUCUGACCAAGGUCCCAGUUGGCGACCAGCCGCGGGACAUUGAAAAACAGAUCAAGGAUAUGCUGCUCAAAUAUAUCUCCAAGCCUGCGUGUAUUAUCUUGGCGGUCACAGCUGCCAAUACCGAUCUCGCAAACUCUGAUGGUUUGAAGCUGGCGCGUGAAGUCGACCCUGAAGGUCAACGAACGAUCGGUGUUUUGACCAAGGUUGAUCUGAUGGAUGCUGGUACGGAUGUUGUGGACAUUCUUGCAGGGCGUAUCAUUCCGCUUCGAUUGGGUUAUGUUCCCGUUGUGAACCGUGGUCAGCGAGAUAUUGACACCAACAAGGCAAUCAGCGUUGCGCUCGAAUACGAACGCCAGUUCUUCGAAAACCACUCGUCGUAUAAGGGCAAGGCGCAGUACUGCGGAACGCCUUUCCUUGCACGGAAACUCAAUGUGAUUCUUAUGGCGCACAUUCGGGCGACGUUGCCAGACAUCAAGGCGCGGAUCUCACAACAGCUGCAGAAAUUCAACUCAGAAUUACAGAGCUUAGGUGGCGCCUUGGGCGACGGCAACUCAGCCAACAUUGUCUUAUCAGUUAUUACCGAAUUCUGCUCCGAGUUCCGCACGGUCAUUGAUGGUAACACGAACGACCUUUCGCUGAAUGAACUUUCUGGAGGUGCACGUAUCAGUUUUGUGUUCCACGAGCUGUUCAACAAUGGCAUCAAGACUAUCGAUCCCUUUGACCAGGUCAAGGAUGGUGACAUUCGUACGAUUUUGUAUAACUCAUCUGGAUCAACACCUGCCGUCUUUGUUGGGACGCAAGCAUUUGAAGUUAUCGUGAAGCAGCAGAUUAAGCGACUGGAGGAGCCCAGUAUCAAGUGUUGUCAACUUGUCUACGACGAGUUAAUCCGCAUUCUGGGUCAGGUGCUUGCGAAGAUUCAAGCUUUCAGACGCUUUCCGGCCCUUCGGGAACGAUUCAACUCAGUUGUAGUGAAUUUCUUCAAGACCGCUAUGAAUCCAACCACAAAGCUUGUGACUGACAUGGUUGCAAUGCAAGCGUGCUAUGUUAACACAACGCAUCCUGAUUUCCUCAAUGGACACAAAGCUAUGGCGAUUGUAGGUGACCGGCUCAAUGCGAACAAGCCACCACCACCGAGCGUGGAUCCUAAGACCGGAAAACUCGCACCAGGCCAGCUCAACAACAACAAGGAUCUGGAUGUAGAUGUGAGACAGCAGGAGACAAGUUUCUUUGGCUCGUUCUUCUCGGCGAGCAAGAACACACCAAAGAAGAAGGGCGCCGCAGUGAUGGAGACACCUCCGCCAAUUAUCCGACCUCAAGCUGCGCUCAGCGAACGUGAGACGAUGGAGACAGAAGUUAUCAAGCUUCUCAUUCACUCGUAUUUCAACAUUGUCAAGCGCGAGAUGAUCGAUAUGGUGCCCAAAGCCAUUUCUCUGACACUUGUCAACCACUCCAAGGACAACCUUCAGCGGGAACUACUCCAGGAGUUGUACAAGCCUGAAGUCCUCGAUGACCUGCUCAAGGAGUCCGAGUACGUCGUCAGCCGCAGGAAGGAGUGCGUCCAGAUGGUGCAGGCGUUGAACAAGGCAGAGGAGAUCGUCGCUGGCGUAUGA